UUCUCAAUUGCUAACAAUGAAAUUUUUAAAAAUUAGGUAUAUUUUAUUUUAUCUGACGCUGAUGCUCAUUUACUGUGGGAUUACUGAGAGUUUCGACCGUACACCGAGAUUUGGUUUACAAAUACUCAAAACUUUGCAUGAAAGUUUUUGUCAACAGUUUUGUAAUUCGCCAGUGGAUGAAAAUAUGUAUCCGUUGAGAUCAUUGAAGUGUAGAUUAAAAUGCCCAGUGCAGAAUAAGCCGGCAAGUGAUCAAGAAACGAAUCAUAAAAAUACAACAGAGUCACCGGUUGCGACAAAACCAGAGCAAUCGACGCUGUCAACUAAAAGUUCACCAGAACCGUCACAGGAAAAAUCAACUCCAGUACCACCCAAGGAUCCGCCAAAGAAAUCAACCCUAGAACCGAGAGUUACAGAAGAUCUAGAUUCCAUAAUAAGUCCAGAAGAAGCUGAAGCUUAACAAAUUUUUAAAAAAUUACUCUUUUUUUUUUAACUAUUGGUAGAUAAUUAAUUCAAAAGAAUAAUUGUAGUAAAUUGUGUAAUGGUGACGGCUAAAGGCAAACUGUUUUUUAUUUUACAUAAUAGAAUAUAUAUAAAUAUAUAAAUGCUUGUGUAUGCUGAGUUGCUAGUAGAAUAAUUCAUAUAAUAAGUACUGAGUAAUAGAUGAAUAGCUAUUGACUAAUAUUUGUAGUUCGUCGUCUAGUUCGAGAACAUAACAGGUAACAUUAAGCAUCAGAGGAUCAGAGAAUCGGAGUAUCGGAGACUGUUGUGUUAUUCGGUACAAUAAGUAGGUCAAUAUAAGCAACUUGUCUCACUUAUAAGCAUUACCUUUUUAUCUUAUUACGAAAAUAUAUUUGCUAUUAACUAGAUUAUAGUUAAGUAGUCCCUUAUUGCCAGUUGCUUUAUCCAUUUUAGAUUUAACUCAAGGAAUAGAUUCAUUUUCCUGACAUUUACAUUUUUUAUAUUUUAUCAAUUAAAAAUGGGGUUCACGUAAAAGUUGACAGAGACCUUUCUUUCAGAUAAUUUAAUUUCCUACAAAACUGCUCAUUGCUAUUUUUAUCGUAUCAUUAAUGGUUCAGCCGUAAUUAGCCGAUAAGUAGAAA